CCAAAACUAGAAUGCUACGUUGACCAACGAUUUGACCGACCCAAUAUCCAUAUAAUCUAACCAAAGCCCUCAUUAUAUUGUUUCUAUAAGCCUUUUCUUUCCUUUCUAGUCCAACUUGGAAAUGUAGUGCUUCAUACCAACUCUCAAAAGCCCAACAAGGCAGAGACAUGGAUCACUUCAAUCUGUAUAUAUAGCUCCAUUACCUACCUACCUUCUUCUAGUGAAGCGCAAGCUCGAGCCACAAAGAUCUUGAAACAUCAUCAUCAUCAUCAUCAUCUUCUUCUUCUUAUGUUGUCUUCGUUGAUGGAGGGAAGAGAGCACCAACUUCCAAUUGCCACUACUACUACUACUGCUACGAGCGCUAAAGCUCAGACCAAAGUGCUCGACUCAGUAGUAGCCAUGAAAGCUAUGUCCAAGCUUGGGGGCUUCCAUGCCGGCUACUUCCGCAUCAGCCUGUCGCUCUGCGGCCAGGCACUACUGUGGAAGACCCUCAGCGAGCCAAGCACCGACUCCCGGGCCCUCCGCCUCGUCGUCCGCUUGCUACCCUCCGCCACGUACGUCCUCGUCUGGUCCGUGGCCCUCGCCGUCCUCGUCGCACUCUGCUUCCUCUACGCCCUCCGCUGCUUCCUCCGGUUCCGCUGCGUCAAGGCCGAGUUCUCCCACCAUGUCGGCGUGAACUACCUCUUUGCGCCGUGGAUCUCGUGGCUCCUCCUCCUCCAGUCCACCCCCGCCUUCCUCCACCCCGGCGCUGCUCUGUACCGCGUGCUUUGGUGGGUCUUCUCCGUUCCCAUCCUCAUGUUCGAUGUCAAGAUCUACGGCCAGUGGUUCACCGAGGGGAAGAAGUUCCUGUCGAUGGUGGCGAACCCCACGAGCCAGAUCACGGUGAUCGGGAACCUGGUCUGCGCGAGGGCGGCGGCAAGGAUGGGGUGGGAGGAGAUCGCCACCUGUAUGUUCUCCCUCGGCAUGGCGCACUACCUCGUCCUUUUCGUGACGCUGUACCAGCGGUUCGUCGGGUGCAACAGCCUUCCCGCCAUGCUCCGCCCCGUCUUCUUCCUCUUCAUCGCCGCCCCCAGCAUGGCCAGCUUGGCCUGGGAUUCCAUCUCCGGAUCCUUCGGUACGGGGUCCAAGAUGCUCUUCUUCCUCUCCCUCUUCCUAUUUGCCUCCCUGGUCUCGCGGCCUGCUCUGUUCAAGAGGUCGAUGAGGCGGUUCAACGUUGCAUGGUGGGCGUACUCCUUCCCGCUGACGGUGCUGGCGCUGGCGGCCACCGAGUACGCACAGGAGGUGGAGGGAAGCGUCUCCAACGCCCUCAUGCUCGUCCUCGCCGUCCUCUCCGUGCUGGUCACCGUCGCCCUCAUCGUCUUCACCGCGAUCAAGGCCGGCGACCUCCUUCCCCACGGCAAUGACCCCUUCGCGCCGCCGUUCUCGCCCUGAUGCUCAUGCAACAUGUUGGUUUUGUUUAGCAUUUGCUAUGUCGAUCUAAAGCCAGAGAGGAGUAGUUCUCUGUAUUCCUUGGACAUGUUCUUGUGUCCACUGUGGAAUCCAUCUCCAUCCACGAACAUGAUGUGCAGAGUCACUGAAAACGUGCUUAUUGGACUCUCUAAUGGCUUCGUACAGAAUGCAGUACUCCAUGUGAAGGUGACUUUUCUAAGUGAAGCAAGAACCGCACUUGAAUGCAGAACAAAGUCAAAAAGUUCUGUAAGGAUAAGAUCUCCACCAUAAACUAUCCUGAUUUUGUCAACAUCCACGUGAGACUGUUGUCAUCCAGAUUUCAAGGGAUUCAUGCAUCAUAUGCAGGUCAAUGAGAGGAGCAAUAUAUCUAGAGUACCUAAAUGCCAGCUGAAAGCCACAGAAGGACACAAAAAAGAAGAAGAUGGACAAUACCAUAGAUUAACAAGGAUGCCCUGAUUAUAAAUUUCUACUAGAAGUGAUGAAAUGCCAAAAGGCAGGGAGGAUUUAUCCCAGCUUUGUAGCAGCUUCACUUUGGGAGUGAAUGGUUACUGUUAUACAUCACAAGCCUUGUGGUGUUUUGCAAGAACAGAUGAUGCCAAAUAAUAUUACUCAAAGGAAAUUUAUUGUGGCUAAGAAAACCUCCACCACCAAACAAGAACAGAUGAUCUCCAUGUGAUGAGUUUUGCAAAACAGGCAGCUCAACCUCAUCCUUCAGCUUGCAAAUUUUAUCCCCAGUUCAUGAGGCAAGAUAAAACCAGUAGUAUGAGAGAUACCUUUCCACAACAAAAGAGAAAAAGAAAGCUCUACCAACUUAGUCUCGUUUAGGUAACUAUUUAGGUAUCUUGUAUGUGUUCAAGUGAUGCAUGAACAUAUAUAUGCUGCAUGCAGAGUAUAUUUCCAAGUAUAC